ACUUUUGGGUCGGAAUCUCGAAUCCUUUCUUCUAUCUUUCCCCUCUUUCCUCUGGUUCUUGGUAUGCCCCAGGGGACAGAUGUCUUGGGAUCUUUAACAUUUGGGAUGCUGCAAAUGCCGAAGUUAAAUGAAAUACCUCCGGGGAGGGAAGACCCGGGGGAGACUCGGGGAGAGGGAAGAUGGCCUGGACGAACAGGUCCUGAAGCUGCGAGGCAGGAGCGCGGGGCGCGGGGGCUCUUGGGCGGCGCCAGAGCUCCAUGGGACAGCUGGGGAAACUCCAGACCACCUACACGUCCUGGUCCAGGCUGGGAGCAGCAUCACCCUUCCCCCCUCUAUACCCCCUCCUCCCAGAAGCCCACCAUGGAGAGUAAGGAUGAAGUCAGCGACACAGACAGUGGCAUCAUCCUGCAGUCUGGCCCCGACAGCCCCGUCUCCCCGAUGAAGGAGCUGACCCAGGCGGUGCGCAAGCAGCAGCGGGCCCUGGAGGAGCGGCUGGAGGCCUGCCUGGAGGAGCUGAGGAGACUCUGCCUGAGGGAGGCGGAGCUGACGGGCACCUUACCAGCAGAGUAUCCUCUCAAAGCAGGGGAAAAGGCCCCCAAGGUCCGCCGCAGGAUUGGAGCUGCUUACAAACUGGACGAACGGGCCUUGCACAGGGAGGACCCCCUGAGCAGCCUGGAGCAGGAGCUGGCCUUGCAGCUGCAGAUCGCAGAGGCGGCCCGGCGGCUGUGCCAGGAGGAGAACAUUAGCAGGCAGACCCGGCGGCAGAGGAAGCACGCCAUGCUGCAGGAGGAGAAGAAGCUUAGGGAGCUGGAGCGCUGCGUUGGGGAGCAGCGUUGCAACAGCGGGCCCCCACCUCCCGCCACCCUCCCCCUGGGCCGAGAGCUCAGUGUCUCUGAUGACAGUUCCCUGUCAGAUGGGCUGCUGCUAGAGGAGGAGGAAUCCCAAGCACCGAAACCUCCCGCAGAGUCUCCAGCCCUGCCUUCCCGGCCUCUCCCACCCCAGAACCUCGAGGGGCUGCAGCCGACUGGACCUGAGACUGCGGGGACCCUGGAGCGAGCCCCCAUCCAGAACAGCCCCUGGAAGGAGACCAGCCUGGAUUACCCUUACGAGAAGCCCAGAAAGUCUUCUGAGCCCAAUAGCGAGUCUAGCAGCCCAGCCACCACACCGCAGGAUGGGCCCAGCAUGUCCAGCCUGUGGCUGCCGGAGCUGGCCUCCUUCUGUGUGGUUCCCAUCCGCAGUGUUCCUGGCCAGCGGCAGGGCCGUACCAGUGCCCCAGCCACCCCCGAGAUGCAGGGGAGAAGGGGCCAGUCUCAGUCUCUAAGGGUGGAUUCCUUCCGGCUGGGGCUUGAGGGCCGCGGCCGCAGCGCCUUUCCCCGCCGCCGCCCCACUCACUACACGGUGACCCUACCAGACUCCUGCUUCCCCUCGGCCAAGCCCCCGCUGCCGCCCCCUGCCUACCACUCCUGCUCGGAAGACAGCGGCUCCGACGUCUCCAGCAUCUCCCACCCCACUUCGCCAGGCAGCAGCAGCCCCGACAUCUUCCUGCGGCCCCUCUCCCCACCUGAGCCCCACCGGCAACGUGGAGCUUGGGGCCCGGCUGGCGGGAGAGAGCUCACCACUCACUACCCCCAGCUACUGUUGCCCCCGGGGUACUUCCCGGCGGGGCGGUAUGUGAUGGUGGCCGAGAGCCACCAGCCACCGGGCAAGUGGGAGCUAUGCCCCGUGGCCUACGAUGAGGAGGGGGCGCCCCCGCGCUACCAACGGCUGGUAGCCGCCCACAGCCGCAUCAGGCGCACGCCCUCUCUGAAGGACAGCCCCGCGGGCUGGGGUCGCAGUAAGAUGGCCGUCUCCGAGGAGCUCAGGUGCUGGCACGAGCGUGCACGCCUGCGGAGCGCUCGUCCCCACUCGCUGGACAGGCAAGGGGCGUUCCGCGUCAGGAGCCUGCCCCCAGGGAGAGAGGGCUUCCCUCGAGCCCUGGGAGCGCGGACACAGGUGCCCACAGUGUGUGUGCUGCGGAGGUCGCCCGAGGGAGCCCCCAUGCAAGUCUUUGUGCCUGAGAAUGGAGAGAUCAUCAGCCAGGUGUAA